AUGCCAGAAUUGCAUCAAAUUCCUCCUUACUGGUGGAGAUUCCUUAGCCUUCCUCCUGAAUUACGCAUCAUGGUGUGGGAAUUUGUCCCCAAUGAGCCGCCGCAAUCUGUAAUUAUUGGCCGAGAAAUCAACACCAUGAAUUUGGUCUGUGUCACACCCGAUCCGAUUCUUCUCGCACAUCGAGACGAAGAAGUGUUUUUGGACGCUUUAGGACGCAAUCGCUGGAUGUUCUGCCAAAAUGGUAUUGUACCUGUCGGGCUACCAAGAGUGGUGUUCGACUGGGAGAGGGAUUUUAUUGGGAUUCGUAUUCCGCUCCAUGCUGUGACGACUCCUUCUCUGACAUUUGCUUCCAUCCGCGUUAAUAUCGUCGCCAAUAAUGACCCAAUGAGACUUGAAGCACAACAAAUUGUGGUUAUGAAGGACUUUGACCAAAACUUGAUCCAAAUAAUCGCUAACCGUGUUGCAAUGUGGAGCUUACGAAACGGAAACUUCGCCAUCAUCUUCACCCAACCAGGCAAGAUCAUCCUUAUUAUCUGCACGGAGCCCGGAGAAGACGAACCAUUCUCCUCUGCAUCUCGUGCUACGCUUGACCACUGGGCAACUUUCACAAAUAGAGAUCUUGUCGAAGCAUCCGGUAGUAAGUUCAGUAUCAAAAGAGUCUGUUUUGAGGGCAGUGGAAGAACAAGGAGUGCUUUUAUCGAGGACUCUGAUUCUCAGACGGAGGGCAGUUCUUCCAAUGAUUCAAGUCCACGGUCUAAGUCGCCAGUUGGUGUUGAUGAGAAGGAUAAUGUCGAGUUUUGCGAUGAUACGCCUGAGGGCGAGAAUACCGAUGGGGAGUAA